AUAUGACUGACAUUUCGGGAUCCUACUGGCGUUUAAAUAGCCAAUAUGACUGACCUUGCGAUAUCCUUAGGCGACAAUUCUAAUGAAAAAGAAAUAGUUUGUUCAUUUUGUGGAAGCAAAGUUUUAAAAGCUCAUGCUUGUUAUUUUUUGAAUAAAUCUUUUCCUUUGCCUCACAUGAAAGUCAAAAGCGAGGACAGUUAUAACAGCCAAGUAGAAUAUCUUUCAGAAUAUUGGUUGGUAAAUGAUAUGAUGACAUUUGAGAAUGUCGGUUUCUCACAUAAUGUAGGUACAAUAAAGUAUUUAGCGUGUGCUGAUUGUGAGAUUGGACCAAUUGGUUAUCAUGAUACUCAAGUUCCAAAUGAAUUUUAUGUUGCUGUUUCCCGAGUAAAAUAUGUUUAAACAUAGAAUUUUUAAUUUAUUAAAUAUGCAAUAAAUUACUGUAAUUUUUUUGUUUAAAUAAUGAAAAAUGGUUUAUAAAUAAA